GGAAGACUGGCUGGGUGACCAGCGGACGAACGAGGUGAAUUACACACACACAAAUGUAUCGAAGAACACUUUGAAGAUACCUAUAUAGGUUAAUCUGAUAAGAGAUACAUUACGAAAUGAAGAGUUCUCCUCCACCAGUAUAAAACCCCACCUUGAUCUAUCUCAGUCAGUAUUCUGCCCUCUGUUCCCCACGCACGCCUCUGCUUCAUUCACACUCUCUCCCAACAGACCCUUACCUAGCCUCAUCUUACCUAACCUUACCUACCCUAUCCUAACCUUACCUUACCUUACCUUACCUUACCUAACCAUGGCUGCCAACACCACUUUCUUCCCCCCUGCUGAUCUCAACCUCAGGGUCCGCGCCAUGUUCUACGCCCUCACGCCAGAGGAGACUUACGCUGAACACUUCCAGGACAUGGCGGACGUCGGCUACAUUGCUCGCCCCUUCUUCAUCGUGUGGGUGCUGAUAGACUUGCUGCUAAUGGUGGCUAUGGGAAAGAGAGAGGACGCACGCCUUCACCAUGUCUUCAUUAACCUGACCGUGGGCCAUAUCACUGAGGCUGGGGGCAGGUUUUUGUCGCGAGGGCUCGAACUGACAGCCUAUCUUUGGAUCUACCACCACCAUCGCCUCUUUAGCCAGCCUUUCGACUCCCUCACCACUUACCUGCUGUGUGUCAUUGGCGUGGACCUCUGCACGUACUGGUGGCACAGGAUGUCGCACGAGAAUUCAGUGAUGUGGGCGGCUCAUUACCUCCACCACAGCUGUGAAGACCUCAACCCUUCAGUAUCUGCCCGCAUAUCACUCACCAUGCUGCCUUUGAAGUGGGUGUACUAUCUCCCCCUCGCCUUCCUGGGUGUGCCUCCUCCAGUUUACGUAAUUCACAAUCAGAUGAACUUCUAUUUCGGCGCGUGGGAACACAGCAGGUUAUGGCCGAAGAUGCACAAGAUUAUCCCGGGUCUGGGGCACCUUAUUGAGUUUUUCGUCGUUACUCCAAGUCACCACCGCGUCCACCAUGCCUCCAACAAGUACUGCAUUGACAAGAACUACGGCUCCCUGCUCAUCAUCUGGGACCGAAUCUUUGGCACGUUUGAGGAGGAGAGGGAAGGCGAGGAGCUGGUGUAUGGAGUGAUAGACCAGAAGGAAGCUACUCACAUCAUUGGCCUGCAGCUGAACCCCUGGUGGACACUGUGGGAACGCUUCAGUGCCGCCAAGACCCCCGGGGACAAGCUGAGGACCCUGCUGUACGGCCCCGGAUGGUCUCCUGGUCAGUCUCGUCUUGGGAACCCCGACGAUAUCCCUGAUGUUCGCGGGAGAAAGAAGCACGAAUUUGAAGCCCCAGCGUGGUUCUCCUUCUACUUGUUCCUGCACUGCUCGCUGGUGGUGCUGGGGAUCAUCGACAUGGCCACCAGGAUGAGGGCAGUGAGCAGGGCAUUGGGACUCGUACAUUUCUUCUACGUAGUCCUGGCCGGCAGCUCACUUGGCGGGCUGUUCUCUAGUCACCUUGGCUCUCUUAAGUUCGAGCCGCUGCGUCUCCUCCUGUCCAUCCCGCUGUGUUUCCUGCUGCCUGUGUUCGCCUGCCGCCCCCUCGCAGUCUGCAUAGCCCUCACCAGCGCCGUCAGUCUCCCCCUGUGGCCGCUCGUCGGGACACAAGCGCUCAAAAUGGCUGAGAAGAAGGAAACACGGAAGGUUGAGUAAAUGUUUGGGUUCCCUGAAUGCGUACGGUAAUGGUGGUGGGAUUAGAAUGUGUAUGGUAGUGGUGGUGGGAUUAGAAUGCGUAUGAUAAUGGUGGUCGGGUUGUCAAUGUGUGUGGUAGGUGGUGCUGGGGAUAGAAUGUGUAUGAUAGAGGUGUCUAGUUGUCAAAAUGCGUACGGUAAUGGUGGUGGGGUUAGAACUUAGAAUGGUUAUGGUAAUGGUGGUGGGGGGUUAUCAGAAUGUGUACGGUAAUGAUACUGCAGGGUUAGAAUGUGUAUGGUAGUGGUGUCUGGAGUUGUCAGAAUGUGUAUGGUAAUGGUGCUGGGGUUGUCAGAAUGCGUAUGGUUGUGAUAGGAUUGUCUGAAUACAUAUUGUUGUGUCUGGAGUUGUCAGAAUGCGUACGGUAGUGUUGCUGUGGUUAGAAUGUGUAUGGUAAGUGAGUAUUUGGGUUGCAAGAAUGUGAAUGAUAAGAAGUGGUGUUGUCAGAAUGAGUAAGAUAAAAUGUUAGUACAGUAUAUACCGUACUUACGUAUAUCUGUCUUAUCAGGGUAUCUGUGUCUUCCCUUUUUUUAUUAGAUUAGAUGACGGGGUUGUAUGAAACCUGAGAAUAGAGAGAGAGAGAGAGAGAGAGAGAGAGAGAGAGAGAGAGUGUGUGUGUGUGUGUGUGUGUGUGUGUGUGUGUGUGUAUAGGCAAGUAACCAAAAACGCUUUACUCUUUCACCACGAGAGUUUCCAAUAGUGGUGAAGUGACACGGACUUUUAAGGGUGUAUUUAUUGUUCUAGUGAGAGAUUAACAUUUGCAAUACGAAUAGGAGAAACAUUUGAAAACUCCGCUAAUCAUCCCUGUGGCCUUGAAAGCAUAGCCGUGGUGAGAGAGCAAAGUGUUUCUGAAUAUCCAUCCAGCUAGUCACAUCACUCGUUUACCACUUGAGAUUCUGUAUACUGUGUUUGAAUAUGCAUGAUUUGUAAUUAAAGAAAAAAAUAAAUAAAUAAAUAAAGUAAAAUAAAACCGUAUCUUCGUAUAGUUAUGCACAUUACACGUAUAUUUUUCCCCAUGACAUACAGUGAGGUACAACUGCACGGAAAUAGAACAGUUGAAGUACAGCAUGCACGUUUACACUCGACAUCGUACCUUUGUAGAAAGUAUCGAACCUUGUAUAGUCGUUGUAUUUCACGUGGUUAAACCCUCCAGUAGAUAAUAGCAACCGUG